AUCCGGAAAUGGUUGGGUUAGGGUUACAUUUAGGUUAAACUUAGUUUCGUUUUCAACGCUUGGGUUGGACGUCGUCGCUUCUUCGUGGUUUAGAUACUAUUUGUGAAAUUAAAAGUUGUAAGAUACUCAAAACAUUCAAUAUUAGCGUUGACGCGACUUAUUAUUCUGUUUUAAUUACGUGAAGAGAAGAUGCAACAACUGCACAUGUUGGUUUUUUCUCUCUUCCUGUUUUGGAUUUCGCACCCAGUCAACGCGCUUGAAACAGUGUAUGGUGCAGAAGGUGAUGACAUUGUCCUCAUGCCACCUCUUCAGUCUCCGUCUCCUCCCAUCACAAGCAUUCAAUGGAAACAUCGAAAUGACAUCGUUGCAGAGUGGUAUGAAGUGUAUGGAACUGAGACAUAUUGUCUUACCAAGUUCAAAGGUCGCUGCAAGCUGAAUCAUUUGACCGGGGCGCUGACAAUCACAGGACUGACUAAAACCGACAGUGGAAUCUGCAAACCUGAGAUCAACAACAAAUACCUCGACUCAACUCAUCUCAUCGUCAUCUCUCGUGUCCCUAAACCCUCCGUCUCCAAAUCAUGUAACACUGAGAUGACCGCCUGUAAUCUGACCUGUGAAGGCAACACGAUAGAAUCAGAACCCGUCGACUGUAAGUGGCUUCUAGAUGAAGCAGAGGGACCUUCAGGCAAGGUGUUGACCAUAACAAAGGAGAUGAAGGAGCAGAGUUACCGUUGUGUAUUUGUCAACCCAGUCGGCAACAAAACCAGUGAUAUCAUGACAAACCCCUUACUCAAAGCAGAAAAUGUCCACUUGGUAAAUUGGCUAACAGCAGCAGCAGUGGCAGUAGGGGUUCUUGGGUUAAUUGGGGUUGCAGCAUAUCUCAUCUACAAACGCAGAACUGCGAGAGGUUCAUAUAAAUCCGUAUCCACCAAGGAAGAAGACAACAACGUUAUAGAGGUCCAUGUACCACCAACCACUCAGGACUCAGAUUCUCUCUGCAAUGGAUCUGUGAUCCCAGAGGAGCAAAGGGCAUCCAACGAGCCUUCAGAUUCUAUUCCGCUCCAAAAUGUCUGCAAUGGAGCUGCGAGAGGUUCAUAUGGAUUCGUACCCACCAAGGAAGAAGACAACAACGUUAUAGAGGUCCAUGUACCACCAACCACUCAGGACUCAGAUUCUCUCUGCAAUGGAUCUGUGAUCCCAGAGGAGCAAAGGGCAUCCAACGAGCCUUCAGAUUCUAUUCCGCUCCAAAAUGUCUGCAAUGGAGCUGGAAAGGCAUCAGAGAUUUCAUCCAACAAUGACCUGACGACUUCUACAUCCCCAGAGGCCGGCAAGGAAGCUGAGAUCACAUCUGAUGUGGGUGAGAAGUCUGACGAGAACUCAACGACUCCUGCUUCCCCCCGCCAGCAGCCAGGAAACAGGUGACCUGGCAACGAAGCCACCCGACCAAGAACAAACCAACCAAGAGCCACCAGCAGCUGAACAGGAAGCAGAUGAUGCAGGAGAUCUCGACGAACACUAAAGUAUUUUCAGUUCUUUUGUUCUGUAACUAAAAUAAUAAGAGUCUGCUCUAUGUCAAGAUGUUACAGUCAAGACGUGUGAAUGUGUAGACAGAUGACUACUUCUGCAAGACCAAGUUUCAGGAUGUUCUUUUUAUCUCUGAUGUUUCAUUAGUACUUCAUGCAGUGUGUCUGUAAAGUCUUCCUGUUCAGGGAUCACAACGAUGAAGGAGGGACAUGUAAACAAAUAGCUGCUGUUUGGUCACACCUUCAACAUUUCAAAGUCACUUUAUGUGUUUCAGGAGCACAGAGUCAUAGGAGUGUCCUGCUGCUCUAGUCCAGUGCAACAUGAUUGUAAGAGUGUGGUCAAAAUGUAGUUAUCAGAUGUAGGGUAGUUGUUCAUAUGAAGAAGGCAAAGGGUGACACGAAGUACUUUGAAAGGUCUUAGAACACAUCUGCCACUGUUUCAAGACAAACACAUUCAAUAAGUGACCUUUGUGUUGAGCUGAAACAUCAAGUUAUUUAUAAAUCUUGCACACUUCCACUUCUUCCUCUUUUGGGAUAAAAAAGACUUGUGCUCCUUCUAACGCAAACCUCACAGGCAGUGAUCUGCUCUUUAUGCAAACUGACUCGUUCAAAUAUCAACAUCAUGCAGGGCUUUCUGACAGCUGUUUUUAACAUGAUGAGUGAAUAUAUUUUCUUCUUUUAGUAGUUUAUGGGACGUUAGCCCUCUGUACAUAGACCUCACGAGUCACGACAUAACUGCUAGGCUAUCAGUGCUCCUUACAACAGAUUAUCAUCAGCAAAAAACAUCUGCAGGUUUUAUUCCAACUGAUCUGACUCCUGAAGUUACUCAUUUUACUAAUUUUACCCAGAAUCCUCUUCACUCUCAUAUUGUGCUUUCAGACUAAAAUGACAGGCGAGUGUUGCACCACUCGUUCACAGGUCGCAGCAUAAGUGGUACCUUUCAAGACGACUCUUCCUGAGCCCUGACAGCCGAGAGCGAGGGGAGAGGACGGAUGGAAUUUAGAUUUGAAGAGUUAGACAAGGGGAAAGGCAACAACACAUGCCCCCCGAGAAGACAGCCGAGGGCGUAAAGUGGGGCUUAUCUUUACGUGUGCACACAGGAUCAGACUUCCACAGGGAGAGAUGUGUCAAAGGGGUUUUUCUAUUGAGGAGGGCAUGUUCUGACAAACCCUUUAAUGCUGACACUCAUUUUCCUCCUCAUAAGAAAACAAAGCGCUUAUUUACCAGGAAUCCUUUUGAAUAAAACCCAUCUUUUGGUUGAUUUCUUGCAGAAAGAUUCACAGCCUGAAAGGCGGUGUGGAUAUGCCGUGGGUAUUUAUGGGGCAUCUGUCAUCAUGAGAAGCCUUUCUCCCUUUAAGGAAUGCAGGUUUCAGACAGGUGCCACACUGCAGGCCGACAUGUCUGAACAGAGGCAGUGAAACACAUGGAAAACCUACAUUAGCCUGCUGAUUUUCCUCACGAUCACAGCUCUGAACACUGAUAAGGUCUCAGAUGUGGGGAAGCUUCUGUAGUUGCCACACAAGGUUAAUUAGUGGCUGUUUGCAGGGGCUGAUUUGAACUUUCGAGGGACUAUGGACGGGGGGCUUGCAGCAUCAUUUUCACACUUUUUAUCCAGACAGAAACUGUGGGUUUCCUUUCUUUCUCUUAUGUUGUUAU